AUGCGCCUUGCUGGCAGGUUUCCUUACGUGGUCAACCCAAGUCCUAGGAAAUACUUGCACUUCGGGUGGGUGGUGUACAGCGCGGUGUUUGCCGUCCUCCAGAUCGGCGGUGUCUAUUACACCUCUCUCAUCGCCAUCCGCCUCAGCGACAACUUCGACGAUAAGAUCUUCGCCACCGUGACGGCCAUCAUCUGCUUCAUCCUGGGGCUUACCCCCUUCCUCACUUGGGUGGAGGCUCCCUUGUUCUGCGCCUACCUCGACAAGUGGACCACUUAUCAGGAUGAGUUGCAGUUGUUUGACGUGUUCUUGGACAUUCGACUUCAGAAGUGGUUGCUCCUGUGUAUAUUUGCGCUGAUUCCAACAACGAGCAUCAUAUCGUACUUCCUGGACGUUCGAGGAGGAAAUCCUAUUGCUUUCCCAUUCUAUCUCCUACUCCAGAUCGGUUCCUACCUCGUCCUUACCUUAUGGUUCUUCAUGAUAUUCUUCAUCGAGGACACGGCCUCUCGUCUCCUCGCCUGCAUUGGAGACGCCACUAUAGGACGAGAGGUUGCCACCCUCAAGAAGCUGUGGCUUACCCUUGCCAAUCUCACCGUCGAAUUGGGACAAGUCUUCAGUUUAACCUUGAUAUUGUUUAUGAUCACCUGUAGUUUAAUCGGAAUCACUAACAGCUACUCUCUGUUGUUCAUCUUACGGGAUUGCUUCAGUGGUAAUUGUAGCACUUCUGCCUACCGGAAUAUUCCUAUAGUGACCCAAGUGGGAUUCUUGAUCGUCUCUGCUUUCAUAAUAAUAGCCAUUUGUGAAAAUGGACACCGAUGUACUGUUUCCGUGGGCUCAAAUUUUCUGAAGGAAGUAUUGAAAAUUAAUUUUUCUCUUAGAAAUGAAAAUACUCAACGGGAACUACGCGCCUUGGUCCAGACCAUCUUGCUGAGGUACCCAGAUAUGGCUCUAGGUGGAUAUUUUACCGUCAACAGGAGACUCCUCACGACUAAGAGGACUGGAAUGGACCCUAAACUAGUGAAGCUAGAACACGCCUUACCAGUCACCGUAAAGCAAUUCGUAAUCGAAACUACGACUGAACAGAAGCCCGUUGAGGAAAAGAAGGUGGAAAGUUUCAAAUGGGAGGACUCUCUGAGGACACUGACAACGCUCAUGAAGACUGGCCAUCCGCCAGAUCCAAAACCACCGCCGAAAAAGAAGAAAGUUUGGAAGUGGUUCGAGAAGCAAGGAGGUGGAAAGCAGAUACAGCACAAGGGAGCGUUACCUCCCGUCGAUUACUCCAGUGUCGGGUUAAAAAGUUUUGCUUUUGUGUCCCAGAGGUAGAGGUGCAGGUAGAACCAAGGUCGACCACGGAGCCUCUGAAAACAGACGAUCGCGGAAAGUUCCUGUCCAAAAGCGUCAGGUUCAGGCGCAACGGUCUGACUUCUAUGGCCGGAUUGGACACCUUUCUGGAACAGCGGUUUGCGGAUCCUUCCAGCAUCGAAUGGCUGGACCUAUCUUACAACUCCAUCUGUGAGAUCGAUCCGGUGCUGUCAAUGAUGCCGAAGCUAAAGAUGCUGUACCUCCACUCGAACUGCAUCAACGAUCUGGACGAAGUGAGGAAGCUGCGGUACUUUCCGAACCUUCGAUCCCUGACCUUGUUCGGAAACCCUAUUGAAGCCAGUAUCGAUUAUAGGCUCAAGAUAAUGGCUGCAAUCCCCACGCUCAAGAGGAUCGACUGGACGGUGAUUUCACCUCGAGAACGUGUAUUGGCUAGAUUUUACGUCAAUAUGAUGAAAGAGAAAGAUCGGGAAGAAAUGGAAGAACUUAAGCGUCAAGAAAAGGCUGCCGAAGAUAGAAGAGAGAAAAAACGAAAAGCGGAGGAAAAGAGGAGAAGAAGAAGGGAAGAGCAAAAGGAAGCUGCUAAAGGCCCGAAACAGGAACCUGAACAGAAAGAUGUGGUAGAAUUAGAUUUCGAACCGAUAAAAAAGAAAGAAGUAAUCGAGAAAGAGGAUUCAUUAGAACUGGUUGAAGAAGAGCUUACUGAAGAGGAGACAACGGAGGAGGAAGUGACGGAAGAAUCCGAACUUAAAGAAGACAUAAUACCAAUCUCUUUGGCUGACCCUGGUCCUCUGGAUGUGAAGGGCAAAUACAAACUCCAUCCGGAUCCUCUUAGCACUGUUUCAUUGUUUAAGGAAGUCGAGAAAUAUCCGUCGGAUACAUCGCUAUUCUCGACGGAGACCGUCACCCUCGAACAGAUCGAGAACGAGUUCAAUGUUCUCAAAGAAAUGGAGGCCAAUGCAGAUCACAACUGGGGAUCCACUAUUCAUCUUUAA